AUGAUGAACUUCUUUGGCGGCGGCUCGUCAGAGGAACAGUCGAACGCGAACGCUGAGGGAGGCGAGUCGUAUGGCGCGGAGAAGCUUUCUCUGAAUGAGGAGACCACGUACGGGUCUUCGGGUCAGGAAUCCGAGGGGUAUGAGAGCGGGGGGUACUCGGCUGAUAACAAUGAGGAGAGCAAUGCAGAGGGCGGGAGCGGGUAUAACGCGGAGAGCGGCAGCGGAUAUAACGCGGAGAGGGGCAGCGAGUAUAACGCUGAGCGGAGCAGUGAGGAUAACACGGAGGGGGGAAGCGGGUAUAACGCGGAGCGGAGCAGUGAGGAUAACACGGAGGGGGGAAGCGGGUAUAACGCGGAGAGCGGCAGCGGGUAUAACGCGGAGAGCGGCAGCGGGUAUAACGCCGGGGGGGGCAGCGGGGAUAACGAGGAGCGUGGAAGCGGGUAUAACGCGGACGGGGGCAGCGGGUAUAACGCGGAGGGAGGCAGCGGGGAUAAUGCGGAGCGCGGAGGCGGGUAUAACGCGGACGGGGACAGCGGCGGGUAUAACGCGGAGCGGGGCAGCGAGGAUAACGCGGAGGGAGGCAGCGGCUAUAACGCGGAGGGAGGCAGCGGCUAUAACGCGGAGGGAGGCAGCGGUUAUAACGCGGACGGGGGCAGCGGAUAUAACGCGGACGGUGGCAGCGGAUAUAACGCGGAGCGGGGCAGCGGAUAUAAUGCAGAGGAAGGCAGCGGGUAUAACGCAGGAGGAGACAAUGGGGGCGGUUACUAA